AUGGCGUCCACGUCCGCCAACGUCGCCGCCGCGAUCGAGUUCUGGUACAGCCCGGGAUCGUGCUCGGUGGCGGGCCACGUCCUGCUGCACGAGUCCAAUCUGCGCUUCGUAUCGCACACUGUGCCGCGGGGCUACGAGCCCAACAGCCUCCCCGCGAGCUACACGUCGGUCAACCCGCGCAAGCUGAUCCCGGCCCUCUCGGUCGACGGAGAGAUCAUCACCGAGCUGCCCGCCAUCCUCGUCACCGUCGCCUACCUCUCCCACCACCCGGAAUGGGUAGAGGGCUCCUCAUCGGCGGGGCUGAUCGCGGGCAGGGCAAAGGUUUACGAGUGGCUCGGCUUCCUCUCGUCGCACGUCCACGCCACUGCGUUUGCGGCCUUUUUCCGGCCCUACCGCUUCACCGACCGGGAAGACGUCCGACCCGUCGUCAAGCAAAAGGGCAGGCAGACUAUCUUCGACGCGCUGGCCGACAUCGAAGCUCGCCUGCCCGCCCAACCCGGCUUUGUCGUCGCCGGCGCCUUUUCCGUCGUGGACCCCUUUGUCUAUCUCAUCGCUAGGUGGGCCGAACUCGUCGAGACCGGAGCCCUGCACCGUUUCCCCAGGCUGCAGGUGUUUGCUCGCAUGAUGGAGCAGCGCGAGGCUACCACCAAGGCCCUCGAGAGCGAAGGCAUCCCGCCCCUGUUUCAACAGUAG